CUAUAGAAGAUGAAUCUGGAGGAAGGGGGUUACUGGCGGACAAGCUACGUUGGCUCUGCUUUAUCAGCUAAUGGCUGCACUCGGCUGAACUCUGGACCUUCAGAUUGAGCAACACAACAAGAGACAGGCAGCUUCCAAAUCACUUAGAAACAAAGGUGGGAUAGAGGAAAGAUGUGAAUCAAGGAAAGUCAGAGAAAAUCAAAAAAGAAAGAGCAACAACAGGCUGAGUUGUAACACUGUGAGGAGGGAAAACAGCAGUUGUAAAAUAGAGUUAAACAUUGAUAGAGUGUCUUUGAGGUAGGAUUGUUGCAAGAACCUUUUAUUUAGGGUUUUGGGGGAGAGUAUGAAAGAUUUGAGAGGACGGGGGGUGUGGGGGGGGUCAGAGGCAGGGGUCCAGUACAGAGUAAUUGUGGUGACAGCCAGUGCAAGGGGACAAGGACUCAUGUGAGACACAGAGGAAUUAAAAGAUAGGGACAAAGAGACAGAACAGCGAAGGACUGGUAGACCCAAAACUGGACUUCAGUAUGGGUGUUAAGAGCAAGGCUGCUGCAGCUAUCGUAGUCUUGCUGCUGUUCCUCGGCUCCCUGUGGCUCCAGGGAGGUUUGGAUUACCACUGGGAUUCUUGUUUAAAAGGUUAUAAUCAGGGGAAUAAGCUUCACCAGCUGUACAACAGCAGUGGGGCCAAUGGGGCUGAGGGCCCACAGGUCCUGGAGGGAUGCCCUGGUCAGACCUUCCAGGUGUCACUGCUGCUCUCCCACCUGCUGGCUGCACCGGCCUACACCUCAGACGUGCUGCUGCAGCCGUAUCUGUCCACCUGGGACGAGCUCGUGAAGUUUAUGGAAGCUCUGGGCCCGAUGGUGGGACUGAUAUCUAAUGAGAUAAAAAGCAAGACCUCUAUAAUCCGCCAACUGGCCCUGUUGGCUGAAGAGAACCCUGAAGCAGAGCUUGGCCCAGAUAUACAUUCAAUAAACGCUGUGAAAACAAAGGCUGGGACAGAGAAUAAUCUGGAGGCCUCACAGCACACCGGUGCUUACCACUCUGUGUGCUCCAUGAUCCGGGUGGAGCUGAACCGAGGAGUGGUGGACUUCAACCAACAGACGGACUCUGGAUGCCGGACUCUUCUGCGUCUCCAUCGCGCUCUGCUUUGGCUGAAGCUCUUCCUGGAGAAGCUGGCUGAGACACCGGUGACUGGCCGGUUCAGGAGCCCCUCAGAGCUGUGUCGUGAGGCCUACAAGAGCACCCUCGCGAAACACCACACCUGGUUAGUCCGCAAUGCUGCCGAGCUGGCCUUCAUUGCCAUGCCAGAGCGGGGUUUCUUCUUCAGGCUGGUGUGUGUGCAGAACCAGGGGGAGCUAAGUACAAUUCUGAACAGAGUGGUUCAGGCCAUUGGAGAGGUUUACAACAGGACACAGAAAGCCCUGGAUGAUAAUGGCAUGUUGUACUUGCCAUAGAAAGGGGACUGUCAGACUGGUUUUGCACUGUCCUGCUGGGCAUCACACAUAAACCUCUAUCUACAAACGAGGUGAAAUAUGAAUGGACUUGAUUUUUUCAGUUAAAAUUCACAUGUGCCAUAUUUUUCCUCCCAACCAAAGUGCUGUGUCAACAAUCAACUAAUACUGAAAGUCAGUUUGCCUUCAGUUUGUAGACAUUCCUCAACAAAUGUUAUGAGAUCAUGUCUCAACUUGUCCUCAUCUUAGAGGCAUUUUUUAAGGCAGAAGAUUGUGAUUAGGCUGGCUAAAAACAGACUGUGAAUUAAGUGGACACAAUAACAUGAACACCACACAUCUAAAACAAAUCCAUUGCAACAACAAUUAGUGAAGCUUAUAAUGUGGGUGCCUAACCCCACCCUUUUGUGAUUGGUAAUGUUUUUACAUUCAAAAUUUGAUUGAAAAUGCUGCUGUUUUAAUUGUAGAUAAUGCUUAAUGAUUUAGUCUGCUACCUCAGAACUGCCUGCUUCUAGAUGCAUUGUAGCCCUAAAAUCUAGGACCAAUCUAUCCUGAUUAAAGAGGUAUUACACAAAAAAAUCUAUAUGUGCUGAACAAAGGACAAUAUGAUGCUUCACAGUAACUGUGGUGUGAGUGUGGAGUAUUAAUUUCUUAGUUUUACACUGUAAGUUUUUAUAUCAUGUUCAGAAUGAUUAAAUAUCUGUAAAAAAAAAAAAAAAAAA